CCAUACAGCAUCUCUAGGUGCUGUACCAUUUCUGGUUCCUUCGUGUGUUCCCCCGCUAUGCUAAGUUGCUUGCAGUAGUUUGAACUUCAGAAACACUCGCUUUGAAGUGUUGUGAGGAAGGUCCCGAUGGCAAAUCUAAUGCACGUUUAUCCCUCCUGCUGCUCCCAGGGCAGUACAAUGGGUCUCCUGAGCCUUGCACUGGGCUGGUGCAGAGCAGCCACCCCUUGCUGUCAAUGACGUUCCGUGAAGACGUUUUGAGCCUCCACACUUCCUGACACGGGCUUACUUUACCAUUGGUGUUCCGUGUCUCUCUCGGCUGCUCGCAGGUUUCACUGGAAACACCAGCUGCGCCAAUCUGAUGUGGUAGAGAACAGCAAGAGAAGGAGGAAGACGACGAUGAGGCUGGAGUGGUCCUUGCCUCUGCUGGGACUCCUGCUGUGCGUGGUUGGCUCCACAGCUCAGGAGGGGGAUCCUCCAGAACAGAAAGAUAAAGAAUUCCUGGUGGAGAUUUCCGGAACCACGGUGACAAUCACAUGUCCCUUGACUGCAGACAACAUAAUCUGGAAGCCACCUGCGGCAGAAGCACAGGACGACAAGACGAAGUACGUUAUAAAGAAUCACGACAGCUCUCCUGUGAACCUGAGCUGUUCCUCAGAUAAGGAGGAGUAUAAAUUGUACCUGAAUGCCAGAGUGUGUGCAAACUGCGAGGAGCUGGAUGCCUUGGCAGUGACAGGGAUCAUCGCUGCGGAUAUUCUCAUCACCUUCGGGGUGCUGAUUCUGGUCUAUUACUUCAGCAAAGACAGGAAGGGGAAAGCGAGCGCUAGUGCUGGCAGUCGGCCUCGAGGUCAGAAGGUUCAGCGUCCUCCCCCUGUUCCAAACCCAGACUAUGAGCCCAUCCGCAAAGGCCAACGGGAAGUGUAUGCAGGCCUGGAAUCCAGGGGCUUCUGAAAUUCCCCUGGGUGACAGGCUGGAGAGCAGCAGCAGAGGGGCUAAGUGCUUCUGCCCAGCUCGGUACCGGCUCUGCUGGAGCUCAGGCCUUUCAGGGUAAGCCAGGCGGCUACGCAGGACAGGCAGCCUGCUGCCAUCCGCUCUCCCACCCUGAUGUGCUCCUUCAGUUUGACAUUAGGGAAAAGAAACAAAUGAGCACGCAUUGGCAAGAGAAGUUUUCCUUCUCAUUAAAGGACUGCAGCCUCA